AUGACGCCUAAAGUCAUACUAGCGGCCUUUAUAUCGAGCAUCCUUGUGAGCGGCUUUCAAUGUGUUGACAUUCCGAACUGUGAUUUCUUCGAUACUGUCAAAAUAAAUGGCCGUUUUAGCAACGGUUCUUAUAAAUAUAAUGACCUAAUCGUACCUGCUAACCUAACGGGCGAGUAUGAUUACGUGAUUAACUUCGACGGAGAAAGAGAGCCAGCUCCCAAGCAUAUACGAGGAUGUGUGUGCAAGCUAAGGACAUGUAUUCGUUUCUGUUGCGACUCCAAAAAAAUGAUGAAAAUUGAUGGCAUGGGUUGCUCCGACUACAUAAACGAGAAUCUUACCUACGUAAACGUUUUAAAUAUUACCAAAAGUGAUGGAAAAACUGUGGAGGAGAAAGACAUUAAGGAGGUAAUGAUUGUGCAGGACGAGCUUCCACUUCCUUGCAAGGAGGUAUAUCGAUUGUUACCGAAAGAGGAUGAGAGGGAUAAAUGGACUUUAUUUGAAAAUGGAACCAUUUACCGUCAGCACGAUGCCCAAAUGCUCUCCAAGCUGGAAUAUUGUCUGCAGCCAGAUGAGUUGGGGGAAGACUACAGCGUCAGUCUUGUGGCUUUCAACUGCAUUGUCGAGCCGCCAAUGGUGAUGGCAUAUGUCAAGUUGUGCUCCACCUUCUUCAUGUCCUUGACCAUCUUGGUCUACUUGUGGCUGCCGAAAUUCCGAACCCUUCAUGGCCGAAUCUGCAAUCUCUACUUUAUCUGCUUGACUCUAACCUUCUUGCUGAAUGUCCUGAGCAUGUUUAGAACACUUGAAGGGAGACCUUUGUUAUGUGAUAUUAAUGGCUAUGCUGGCUACUUCAUGGUAAUUGCCACUUUUAUGUGGCUCUCGGUUGUCAGCUUCGAUGUGUGGAGGAGAUUCACUGUGAGGCAGUUCCAGGACUUUUACGACAACGGCCGUAGUAGCUUCUUUAAUUAUAACGCUAUCGUUUGGAUCACCACCAGUAUCCUGACCAUUUCCAUAAUUCUGGUGGAUAAAUUUGUGGAUUUUUCUUACAGCCCAGGCGUGGGAGUGUAUAGCUGCUGGAUAAACACGGAUAACUGGUCAGCUAUGAUUUAUUUAUAUACACCAUUGGCGAUCCUGAUAGUCCUUAACGGAGUUUUGUUCGGCCUCACAACUCGGUACAUUUAUGUGGAGAACAAAGGCAAUCAAAACGAGCUAAAUCGAAUUGCAAAGCAAAGGAAAGCCAGAAAUCGUGCCAAUUAUAGGGUCUAUCUGCGUCUUUUUAUUAUCAUGGGGGGCAGUUGGUUCCUGGAAGUUCUUGGAUAUAUUUGCGAGACGGAAAAGGUUCUGAAGCCCUUAACAACGCUUAAUGAAGUCAUAAACUGCAGCCAAGGAAUGAUCAUAUUCCUGGCCACAUUCUGCAACAGGGACAUGAUCAGAUCGAUUAACAAACGUAUCCAAAACAGGGAGAGUACAUCCACGGAUUUCUCCAGUGGCAGUCAACGUCAAGAUACCGAGAGGCAGGCUGGAAAUUAA